GUCUUACCCAAAAACGUAUUCGACAGUUCUCAACUAAACUUAUAACGUUCGAUCGUUUAACGCAAACCCAUUUUUAAGUGGGGGAAAGGUUUAAGUUCAGAGUCAUAAGCAACAUCAAUGGCUCCUUCAACUCUGACGGCUCUUGCGGAAGAGAAAACCUUGCAGGCAAGCUUCGUUCGUGAUGAAGAUGAGCGUCCUAAGGUUGCUUACAACCAAUUCAGUAAUGAUAUCCCUGUCAUCUCUCUUGCUGGUAUCGAUGAUGUUGAUGGCAAGAGGGGUGAGAUAUGCAAGAAGAUUGUUGAGGCUUGUGAGGAUUGGGGUGUCUUCCAGGUUGUGGAUCAUGGUGUUGAUACUAAACUCGUGUCCGAAAUGACCCGUUUUGCCAGAGAGUUUUUUGCUUUGCCUGCUGAAGAGAAGCUUCGGUUCGAUAUGUCUGGUGGCAAGAAAGGUGGUUUCAUCGUCUCCAGCCACCUUCAGGGAGAAGCAGUGCAAGAUUGGCGGGAGAUUGUGACAUACUUUUCAUACCCAUUGAAGAGCAGGGACUAUUCAAGGUGGCCUGAUAAGCCAGAGGGCUGGAUUGAAGUUACAAAGGAGUACAGCGAGAGGUUGAUGGGCCUAGCUUGCAAGCUUCUUGAGGUGUUGUCAGAGGCCAUGGGUUUAGAGAAGGAGGCUUUGACUAAGGCAUGUGUGGACAUGGAUCAGAAAGUGGUGGUUAACUUCUAUCCUAAAUGCCCUCAACCUGACCUCACUUUAGGACUCAAGCGCCACACUGACCCAGGCACCAUCACACUCUUGCUUCAAGACCAAGUUGGUGGGCUUCAGGCCACCCGGGACAAUGGCAAGACGUGGAUCACUGUCCAACCUGUGGAAGGAGCCUUUGUGGUCAACCUUGGAGACCAUGGCCAUUAUCUGAGCAAUGGGAGGUUCAAGAAUGCUGAUCACCAAGCAGUGGUGAACUCAAACUGCAGCAGAUUGUCAAUAGCCACAUUCCAAAAUCCAGCACCCGAUGCCACAGUGUAUCCCUUGAAGAUCAGAGAAGGAGAGAAACCAAUCCUUGAGGAGCCCAUCACAUUUGCUGAGAUGUAUAGGAGGAAGAUGAGCAAGGAUCUUGAGCUUGCCAGGCUGAAGAAGCUGGCCAAAGAGCAGCAACAGUUGAAGGAGAAGGAGGCUGAGAAUGAGAAGCCCAAGCUUGAAGCCAAGCCAUUGGAGGAAAUCCUUGCAUAAAACUUUUACCCUACUGCUGGUUAUUGUGUUAGCACUGUUUCGUCUUCCACUAUGUUGUGUUAAUUUUAUUGCAUUUCUACUUUUUUGUGGUGGUGACACCCGUUUCUAUUUCUUUUCUAGCGAGUAAUGUAUGUCAUGUUUUCCACAUUUGAUGCUUGUGGUCUAUUAUAUACUCGGGUAUCGGUAAUAGAUGAAAAUAAAAUUUCCCACUUCACUUUCUUCCUA